AUGUCCGGCCCCUCCAGCAUGAGCAACUCAAACCCGCUCAAACGCGCUGCGACGUCGCCCAACACAGGCACCGACACCUCCAAACGUCCUAGAGCGGGGUCCAACAGUGCACUGCCGCCGCCGCCGCCGCUCAUUGGCGUGCUAGACAUCCCACGAAUUCCAGUUGGCGCAUCGUCGCAGCCCGCCCAUCUUCGAGUUCCAAGCGCGCUGCCGAAUCCACAUGCAGACUCAAUUGUCGUGAAGAACUACAUGUUUGGGAAAGAAGCCCCUCCCCAAUUGGCUGGUACGGCCAGCCAGUUUUCUACACAGUCCCGGUCUGUUUCCGCCCCCGUCCCCCCAGCAAGCGCCUCCCAGCAUGUGCACACCCCGGGCGCCUCCCAACCACCCGCUUCGCAAGCAGACGGCACCGGAAAGCCUCCGCGGAGGAAGCCUGGCCCGAAGCCGCCGAUGCUCGCGUCAACCAGGCAGCGCAAUCUGGACGAAAUCACGCAGUUGAGGAGUCAGUUGGUCAAGGCCCAGGAGGAAAGCGCGGGUUUGCGGAGAGAGGUCGAGCGGCUGCAGGCGGCACAACCCCAACUAGAGGCCGGGCCAGGCGACGAUGCGAUGGAUGUGGACCCACCUUCAGAUGUCCUGAACGCCUUCGAGUCAACCUCUAUGAUUACGCCUCCAUCGCCCGAGUCGGAGUUAGAGACGACAUCAGAGGUUGCGCGGUUGAAAGCAGAAAAUGUGCGCCUGGCGCAGGAAAGGGACGCAGCCAUCGCGACGGGCGACGUUGUCCGCGGCCAGCUCGACACGCUGGAGGCGACAAACACCGAAUUGCAAGCCCAGCUCAUGAUCACUGGUGGGACUGGCGCUCCGACCACCCAUCUGCUUAACACCGCAGACGACCAGCUUGUCAGCGACCUCCUGGCAGGGUUGGGGCCCAUCGAAGACGAGCUUGCGCACCUAAAGGCGGCCCACGGAGUACUUGAAACCCAAUAUGCUGCUACUAAAGCGGAGCUGUCCCAGAUAGACACCCUCCUGCGCGAUUUGGACCUGCCCGAGGGGAUCGAGCUGACUGACAAUGAAGUGGGCAACGUCCGCAAGGUGCUCACCGUCCUCAGCGGGGCCAUGGCGGACAAGACACGGUUAGAGCAGGAGGCAGCGAUGCUGAGGGGCGAGGCGGAGGCCAGUCGGGCACAGGCGGUGGCUUUGCAGACGCAGUUGGAGAGUAAUCGAUUUACAACGGAUGAGAGCGAGGUUAGGCGGUUGCACGCGGCCCUGGAAGAGCAAAAGGCAUCUGCAGCAGAAAUGACGCACGAUUUGCUUACAGGGCAUGAUGCCCUGACCGAGGAGGUCGCUAUGCUGCGUGUGAUGGCGGACGAGAAAGAAAAAGACAUGCAAACUGCACGACAAGCCCUAGCCGAUGGAGAACGGGAAACUGGGGAGCUCAAGCGUAUGGUUCAGGCGCAAGAAGCGGCUUUCGAAGCGAAGCAGCAGGAACUCGAGGCGCAGCAGGAGGCACGAACAGGGCUCCAGCAGCAAAACACCGAACUGAUGAACAAGAUACAAGCACAAGACCGGGCCGCGCAGGUGCUGCAGUCGGUAAUGGAGGACAUGCGCAAGAACGUGACGGAGCGCGAGGCCGAACACACCCGGUUGACGGCAGAUAGCAGCAUCAUAAAUGCGUUGAGCGCUGACUUGGCGGCACGCCUUCAGCAGACCGAAAGUGCCCUGCAAGCUAAGGAGGACGAGAAGCUUCGGUUGGCCGAUGAUGCAAAUAAGGUGAUCGCCGAUCUACAACAGGAGAAGACUACGUUGCAAGGAGAAUUACAUCAGCGCACAGUGGAGUUGAAUGAAAUGCGGCAGCGUCUCGUGGACUUGGAAGCCCCCACUUCGUCGGUCAGGUCUUCUCGCUUCAGGAUCAUGGAUGCGGAGUUCGAGACGCGCCAUUUAAUACUGCUGGUGCAGCAUGAGAACCAAGGCGGAGGAAGACAGCUUACGGACAAGUCAUGGGGACGUAUACUAGACCAGCUUCAGCGUGCUGCUCAACAUGGGCCUGCUUUAGCGUCAGUGGCAGAAGUUAGCGCCACGGAGCGCGAUCGGAUCAUCAUGGCACUGAAGAACUAUUAUCUUCGUUGGCUUGUGCAAGACGAGAUGGGCAGUGGGCUUGCUGAGGCGAAUGUCGACCCUAAAACUCCGGUCCGUCUGGUGCCUAUUCAGCCAUGGGCAGACACCUCGAGCCCGCUUAAGCUUCAGCCCGUAAAGAAACCGAAGCCUGUGCUAGAUCCCCGACCCAUUCCCUCUCCGCCGCGCCUCUCCCGCGCACAGCUCGACGAAAUUCUUUGGUGCACAUCUGUCCGUGGGGACAAGCUAUUCUGUCUCGAAUGCAAACUCAACGGUUAUCUAUUCGACCUCCCCCUCUCCGCGUCUAUUAACCAACUCACCGCGCACUCUGAGGGGUACCAUCGCCAGAGCUGUGAUGUCGUCGUAGACCGCACGGCGGGGAUGGACGCCGCCCAGAUCCGCGCGUGGUUCCUCGAGAGCAAACAGGCGCUGGCGGCGGGGGGCGUGUGA